UGAACGAUGUCAGAAAUGGCGGGAUAUUCGGAGGAAAUGUCGGGAAGAAUUUACAUCGAUGUCCCAUCAAAGUGCUACUCAGAGAGGGGUACCCUUACGUGGUAUCGGAACUCAUUUGGAAUAAGACUUCUGGGACGUAUUCUGGUGAAGUUUCUGGUUGGGAAAUAGAAAUGUUGAAAGUAAUCGCUGAGACAUUGAACAUGACUAUUGUACCCCUGCCUGCACACUAUCCAAAUAGUGAAGAAAUUACAGAUAGUAUAGAAAUGGAGGUUUUACAGGCAGGACUUGAAGACGGAAAUGCACAUGUAGCAAUUGGUUCUGUCGAUAGACUAGAAAAUCUUUCGAACAAUCUGGAAGCCACGCAGAGCUACUACAACGUAAGAGCAGCUUGGUGUACACCGUGUGCUAUUAAACGUCCAAGAUGGAGUCGUCUCUUCGGAAUAUUUUCUGCAGAACUAUGGAUUUCUUUCAUUCUCUCAGUUGUCCUCGCUGUAAUUGCAAUGGUCUGCAUUUCCAAAUUUGGACGAAGAUUCCACUUGCCGGAAUUCGAAGCUUACAGGAAUGUUAAAAGCAUUACAGACAACACUAUAGCAGUGGUGCUGGGGAUGUCAGCAACUACACAACCUCGUACGAGCCAACUUCGAGUGUUCUUCUUUUCGUGGGUUUGCCACAGCGUCGCAUUCAACACCGUCUUCCAGGCCUAUCUCACUUCAUUCCUUAUCGAUACAGGAUAUGAAGAACCGAUUAAAACUAUAGAUCAAAUGUUAAACUCUGGAAGGAAAUUUGGUUUCAGCGAAGAGGACCAGCACUUAUUUGAAGACUCCACCGAUUCUGUGGGCAAGGAAAUUUUGAAAGGCAUGGUAAUCUGUCCUGACUCCGAAGCGUGUCUCAACUGGGCAAGGAAAUAUCAAAAUAUUUCAACACUUUGUUUCGAUGUGUACACAAAGUACGGGAAAUCCAUUGGAUUGUCAACAGAUGAAAACAACAGACCUUUGCUUUGUGGCCUGGAUGAUGGCGACGUCAUGUAUUUCGAAACAGUAAUGGCAGUCCUGAAGGGAAACCCGCUGCUAGAACAUAUUAAUGACGUCAUAGACAGAAUUGUGGAGGCAGGCAUUUUUAUGCAAUGGAUAAACAGAUUUAUUGACGAAGGAAGAAUUUCGACUAAGACAACUCUGUCUUACACGUUAGCUGACACGUACCAUAAUUUCAGCAUCAAACACGUUCAAUCACCCAUUUAUCUAUUAAUGUUUGGCUAUGCACUUGCAUUUCUUUCUUUCUUUAUAGAAAUCGCAUGGCACAAACUGAUCUCAAAAAGACGUCUGUCCCAUGUGAAGACAAAAAACACAUCGCGUGAACAAGUACAACUAUUUCUAAAUUAUGUACUUCAUCAUAUUAAACGUGGCACACGAAACACAGAAUGACUGCCAACUGUCUGCACUAUAUUUUCACUAAAAUGAAAAAGUUUAUGAUUUGAUUAAUGACGGGAGAAGUUUGUAUCAUAGUUGUUCUUAAACUUGAAAAACCACAUGAAAAAUAUUAAGUGUAAAACUGUCUUGUUCAAUGUCAAAUAUUCAUUCCUGAUGUGUAUGAAAUAAAUGUAGCUUACGCUAAUACUUCGC